AUGCACCACCAACCACUGAAAAUGCUGUUGUUCCUCCUAUCUGUCUUGUGCCUUUGCGCCAGCCAUGCGUCUGUGCCUCCACUGCGUUUCUCUGCUUUCCUGGACCCCACCCACCAGAUCUACUUGCGAUGGGACCACAAUGACGAAGAGGCCACCAUGACAUUUGAGCUUCAAGUGCACUCAACAGGAUGGGUUUUGGUUGGCUUCACCCAUAAUAAAGAGAUAACAGGAGCAGACUUUGUGAUUGGUGGCGUCCUACCUGAUGGUAAUGUCUAUUUCUCGGACUGGCAUGGUGUGAGUGAGGAUACAAUCUUGGAAGAUGAAAAGCAAGACUACGAGUUGUUGUCAUUGACACAGGAUGCAACUUCUACUACCAUGGCCUUCCGGCGAUAUUUCCGAACAUGUGACGAAGAUGACCUGGACAUCACGGGGGAUACACUAAGACUGAUGGCUGGCUAUGGCACAGAUGACACCAUCGAUUUCUUCAAAGGCCGAAUAGUUCACAAAUCUCUCUAUAUGAUGCUAUUGUCAACUGAUGAGGAAUUGCACUCACCCAGUAUCUACCAUGUAUAUGAUCUGAAAGUAGAUGAUUUCCCUGUCCCUGAGGAUACCACUUAUGCCUGCACUUUUCUUCCACUGCCCAUAGUCAAGACAAAACAUCACAUCUACAAGUUUGAGCCCAGGAUCACACCCUGGAAUGAAACCCUAGUACAUCAUAUCCUGGUCUAUGCUUGUGGGAAUGCAAGUGUGUUGCCCACUGGUGUCGGUGACUGCUAUGGAGCUGAUCCCGAUUUUGCCCUCUGCUCCCAAGUAGUUGUGGGCUGGGCUGUAGGAGGAGGGUCCUACAUGUUCCCAGAUGAAACAGGAAUUUCCAUAGGCACACCGUUGGAUCCCCAGUGGGUCCGCUUAGAAAUCCACUACAGCAAUUUUAAUUUAAUUCCUGAUUUAAUUGAUAACUCAGGGAUUAGGAUAUACUAUACUCCAGAAUUGCGUCCAUAUGACAUGGGAGUGCUACAUACAGGAAUCUUCACCUUUCCUAUCCAUUUCAUCCCCCCUGGAGUGGACUCUUACAAGUCAUAUGGCAUCUGCAAUACCAGUCAGUUUGAGGAGAUGAAUGGGGCUCCAGUGCCUGAUAUGCAUGUAUUUGGCUACCUGCUGCACACCCACCUUGCUGGAAAGGGAGUGAGAGGUGUCCUCUACCGGAAUGGGGAGCAGGUGACAGUACUCUGUGAAGACAACAAGUAUGAUUUUAAUCUCCAGGAGACAAGAAACCUGAAGGAGACUGUCAUUUUCAAGCCGGGAGAUGAGUUCCUAGUGGAAUGUCAAUAUCAGACUCUUGAUCGAACUGAUGUCAUCUUUGGAGGACCAAGUACCCUGAAUGAAAUGUGCCUGAUAUUCCUUUUCUACUACCCUCGCAACAACAUCUCCAGCUGCCUAGGAUACCCAGACAUUCAAUAUGUUGCCAAUGAACUUGGGCAAGAGGCCUCUGAUGAAGCGGAAGGAAUGAUGGCCAUUACCUUGGUGGAGUGGGACGAUGAGACUAUCAAGCAGGCAGAGAAGGCAUGCAAGGAGGCGGAACAAACUGUUAUGAUUAAAACAAUCAAUGAGCUGGUGAGAAAUGAAACAAGCUUCAUUUGA